AUGGCUGUGAAGAUGUUGAAGGAAGAGGAAAUGAAUAUGUGUCGGGAGGUAAUGCAAAUCUACGAAAAAAUCAGCAAGUUAGAGAGUCUGAAGCCGUCGAGGAGUGUGAAUGCUCUGCUCACUCGGCUGGUGGGUCUCUGCACGCUGCCCUGCUCGGCGGAAAUGGAUGUCCGGAAGUUGGGCAAAGACGUGGAAGAGAAGCGAAGGCAUCUGAUAGAGCUGUGCGGGGAGGCGGAAGGGCAUAUGGAGCAUCACUACGCAGGGGUAUUGCUGGAACAUCACUCGUCUCUCUCACCUUCCACGCUGCCAAUCUUCCCGUACUACAAGAAAUUGGCGGCGCUGGAGUACGCGAUGGUGUGCGAGGGCGCAUCGUCGUCAUGGGUGAAGAGAGUGGCGUUUGUGGGGUCGGGGCCGUUGCCUCUUACCAGCAUCGUGCUGGCCAUGCAUCACCUCAAAAGCGCCGCCUUUGACAACUACGAUAUUGAUGCAGGCGCCAACAACGUGGCUUCCAAGCUGGUUCGCUCCCAUAACGAGUAUGAUUCAUCACUGUCGCAGAGAAUGAGUUUUAUCACAUGUGAUAUUCUCCGAGUGGGCGGGGAGCGGCUGGGGCGCUACGAUGUGGUGUUUGUGGCGGCGCUCGUGGGGCUGCGGAGAGAGGAAAAGAUGGAGGUUUUGAAGCACAUCGGGAAGCAUAUCAAGUCUGGCGCUCUUGUUGUCAUUCGAAGAACCCGUGGAGGGCGAGCUUUCUUGUAUCCAGUCGUGGAUGAGGAAGACGUUGUUACGCACUCGGGUUUGCGGCUGCUCUCUGUUGUCCAUCCCACCAACGAGGUCAUCAAUUCCAUUCUGCUGGCCCAGAAGCCCUAA